AGCGCGCGCAACUGGCUACAGAUUGCUUCCGAAUUCGGAUCGACUCCAUUCGAAGUUAUCUUCGCUAAUAUAGUCUUUUCUUUUCGCUAUCAAAGUCGCUUGUUUCGUUUGCAACCGCGAGUUUAAUCGUUAGUUAUAUUCUAGCCCAAACUAUCUCUGUAAAAUACACCUAUAAAUAUUCUGUUAACAGUGUAUUAUCUAUUUUUCGAGUGGGAUUCAAUCAUCAGAUUGGAAGAAAAUUCGUAUAUCACGAUAAAAGAGUUUUGGACGGCGAUUAAAAUCAGAUAACAGGUGCGGGCCACGGUAUCGAGAAGGAAUUAGCGAUUGGUUAUGCAUCGUUAGGAGCGACAGUGGUAUGUUGGGAUAUCAACGAAGAAACCAACAAGCAAACGAUGAACGAGAUUAAAAUGAUGGGGAAAAACAAUACAUACGCAUAUCAAUGCAACGUAGCAGACAGGAAAGAAGUCUUUAAGAUAGCUGAAAAAGUGAGAAAAGAAGUCGGCGACGUUACUAUUUUAGUCAACAAUGCCGGUAUAUGGAUUGCUAAAAGACUCCUAAAUCAAACCGCCGAUGAAAUUACACGAGUUAUAGAUGUCAAUUUAAUUUCGCAUUAUUGGACGUUGCAAGCAUUUCUACCGAGUAUGAUCGAAAAGAAUCGCGGUCACGUUGUGGCGAUCUCAUCACUACUAGCACAUCACGGCAUUACACAUGGUACGGUUUAUUGCCCCACAAAAUCCGCGGUCAAAGCACUUAUGGAAGCUGUCAGCGAUGAAUUACGUACAUAUAGCAAAGGUAAAUCCUUGAUUAAAUUCACUACCGUUUAUCCGACUCUAGUACUUACUGGAAUUGUCAAAAAGCUAAGAAUAAGAUUUCCAAGUAUAAUGGGAGGAAUUCCACCGCAGAAAGCAGCUUCACUAAUAAUGGAUGCGUAAAGACAAAAUUUCAAAGAAAGAAGUAUACCUUCAGGUUGGCUGCCGAUAUUAUAUUUAACGAG